AUGGACUGGCAACCUGUCCAGGGUGUACCCCCGCCCCGAAAUGUCUCGCUGGAGAUAAGCACCAACACCCCUCCCAAGCCCACUAGCAACAAGGGUUACAAAUGUAAACCUUUGACCUUUGCUACGUUGGAUCUUCUUAAAUACUUUCAGUAUUGGAAACUGUAUUUUCAGAUUAAGUCCUGGUAUAGAAAUGAGGAGAACACUAAGCACUACAAAAAGGGCAUUGUUUAUGGGCGUCGAGGCAACAAGCUGGACUUGUUUUAUCCCCCCAUACAGAAUAAAUUUGAGUUUCCACCUCUGGUUGUAUUUAUCUAUGGCGGUGCAUGGAGCACUGGACACAGAUCCAUUUACUGUUUACUGGCAAGGCAGACGGCUGAAGAACUGAAUGCAGCUGUUGUUUGUCCAGAUUACUGUACUUAUCCAAAGGGGAAUGUUCUAAUGAUGAUUCAAGAUAUUGCCGACUGUCUGAUAUGGGCGCAAGAAAACGGACAGAAGUUCAGCUUUGACAAGAACAACAUUGUUUUAGUUGGCCAUUCAGCAGGUGCUCAUUUGGGUGUAAUGACCACACUAUUUCUCCUUGAUACACGAGAGGAGCUGGUGAUAGAGUCAAAGAAACAGCAGCAGAUUUUACAGUCAAUACGUGGAGUUAUUGGGAUGAGUGGUGUUUACAGCAUUAUGGACCAUUAUGAGCAUGAGAAGAAGCGAGGAAUUGAAUACGUCUCUUGUAUGUCAAGAGCCAUGGAUGGGGAGAAAAACUUUCCAUACUACUCACCAGUGCACAUCGUACAGAACCUUAGUGAAGACAAGCUGAGCAGAGCUCCACGGUUCGUUUUGCUUCACGGGAAUUGUGACAUUGUUGUUCCGGUUGAGUCUUCCACAAAGUUCUACAAGCUCCUCUCUUCGCUGUCCGGAAAGGUGUCGCUCCACCUGCUUCCUACCGUCAACCACACUGAGAUGGUCACUGACCUCAUGCUGUCAAGCGGGCGCUUCUACCAUCCGAUCUUCAGAUGCAUCGAACGCGAGUUCAGGAAACUCCUAGCCCUAAGCAGUGUUUCCUUUUCACGCUAAAUUCACCACAGACAGCCAGUGCGUCUCAGAGUUCAGCACAGAAAACGUCCUUCAUCACCUGAGCCACAGCUGCCUGUUAUGAAAUCAAGACUGAAAAAGAUUAGCUGAAUACAAUGUUAGGUCAAACUUCACAUAUCAACUGUUUUAUUAAGAGACGUGCAUUAUGAUACUAUGUAAAAAUAUUACUGUUAUUAUUAUUAAUAAUAUUAUUACUGCUGGAGUCAAAUUGCAGAAGCAGUACCUCUUAUUCUUGGGCUACUGGUUUUGAAGUGAAUGUAGAUGCACAACAUUGAUCAUAUUAUUUGUUGUGUUAAAUAUAAUUUAUUUUGUAUGAUAAAAUCGACUUGAAUGUUGUGAUGUUUAAUUUAAUAAGAAUAGCAUAAGAUUUAUGUUAUUGAUAUUAAAAAGCACCUUAAAAUUUUUUGAA